CGAGUUUAUCCGAAAGUUUUAUCACUGCUUAUUCAAUCCGACCCAACCCCUUCCUUCCUACAUUUGGGAGCAGAUCCGGUCGUGUACUUGUUCGAGUAGUUUAAAAGGGAAAACAGCUAGAAACUUUAGCAAACAACAACAACAAUCACAUUCUUUGGAAAGGGGAGGACACUUUUACCUGGAGGUCCUUGAACUACACACAGCAUUAUUUGGUAGACUACGCUCCUGGUCAUGGGGGACAUCAACAAAGGGAAGAAGGUAUUUGUUCAGAAAUGCUCCCAGUGUCACACAGUGACAGAGGGGGGGCGUCACAAGACGGGACCCAACCUGUGGGGUCUGUUUGGGAGGAAGACAGGACAGGCAUCUGGCUACAAGUACACACAGGCCAACAUCGACAAAGGCAUCAUAUGGGAUGAGGAAACCCUGAUCGUCUACCUUCAAAACCCUAAGAAGUACAUUCCUGGUACCAAGAUGAUCUUCAGUGGGAUCAGAAAGAAAAGGGAAAGAGUGGAUAUUAUAGCGUAUCUAAAGGACUCCACCUCUGAAUAAACUGACAAACAAAACACACACACACACACACAGCUGUGGACAGAAGCACUGUACAUUUAGGAAAAACAAUAGAGUGUAUUCUUUGUUUUAAAGUAGAGUUAAAGUUCUCUUUCUGCAUUUUGUUACAUUACAGCAUUGCUCCCACACAGCUUUUGUGUGAGACUGUUUUUAAUUAUCGUAUGAGUCAGCCUUCGUGUGUUUUCCAGACAUUUCUCAGUCGAGGCUUCUUAAAGAGGCAGCCUUCCUUUGGGACUUUCGAAAAACAGUUGUUUACCAUUUACUACUGCUCGCACAAACUCUGCAUGUUUGCUACUUUAACUCUCGCUGCACAGCUCAUGUUCAGGUCUAUUUUUCUAUUAUAUUUUGUUUACUACUCGUAGAGCUUUUCUCUAAAGUCUCAAUACUUUGAAAAACUGUUUGACGGUGCUGGAUUGUAUUAUAUUUCCUCUUUUUAAGCUACUUGGUGUGAUUACUUUCACGAGAGCGGCACUUUAAUAUGAGUGUGUUUUGUAUUCAUUCAUUUAUGAAUGAAUGUGUUUCUGACUUAAGAACUGGAAUGUCAAACUGAUUUGUCAUUUAUAUAAAGUUGCUUUUUGUUACUCUAUUUUUACUUUUCUAGACAAUACCUUGACCUUGACUUGAAUAAAUUAAUGUGGCAAUAAAAUAUUUCUACUUGA